ACCGCCGCCCAGCGAUCUGGCCGCGGCGGCUCAGAGCGCGGCUGCGGCGGGCGCGGGCGGCGGCGGCAACCUCCCGUCCGUCUGUCCUGGGAGCUUCGCCUGCGCGCCGACCCGCGGGGGGACAGCAAGCUUUCCGGCCCGCAGCGGGGGCGGGGACGCCAGGCCAGCGGCCCCUCCGACCCCCAAGAUGAAGAAGCUGAGGCUCAGGGAACAGUAAUACACCCACCUACACAGAACUAGGUAAUCGCGGUGCGCUAGCCAGGUGGUCGGCCCCAGGCCCAUGCCGUGAGACCGGGAGGCGCCGCCAGCAUGCCGUGGGACGCGCGGCGGCCGGGGGGCGGCGCGGACGGCGGUCCCGAGGGCGCGGGCGCAGCGCGCUCUCGGGCGCAGAAGCAGUGCCGCAAGUCGUCGUUCGCUUUCUACCAGGCCGUGCGCGACCUGCUGCCCGUGUGGCUGCUGGAGGACAUGCGCGCCAGCGAGGCCUUCCACUGGGACGAGCGCGGGCGCGCCGCCGCCUACUCGCCGUCGGAGGCGCUGCUCUACGCACUCGUGCACGACCACCAGGCGUACGCGCACUACCUGCUGGCCACGUUCCCGCGGUGCGCGCUCGCGCCGCCCAGCGCCGGCUUCCGCUGCUGCGCGGCGCCCGGGCCGCACGUGGCGCUGGCCGUGCGCUACAACCGCGUGGGCAUCCUGCGCCGCAUCCUGCGCACUGUGCGCGACUUCCCGGCCGAGGAGCGCGCGCGCCUGCUCGACCGGCGAGGCUGUAGCCGCGUGGAGGGCGGUGGCACGUCGCUGCACGUGGCCUGCGAGCUGGCGCGCCCCGAGUGCCUCUUCCUGCUGCUCGGCCACGGCGCCUCGCCUGGCCUGCGCGAUGGCGGCGGCCUCACGCCGCUCGAGCUGCUGCUACGUCAGCUGGGCCGUGACGCCGGGGCCGCCCCCGCCGUCGGGGCGCCUGCGCCCGGGGAGCCGCGCCAGCGCCGCCUGCUGCUGCUCGACUUACUGGCACUGUACACACCUGCGGACGCCACCGGCCCGGCCCGCCGUGAGCUGCUGGGCGACCGGCCGCGCUGGCAGCGGCUACUGGGCGAGGACAAGUUCCAGUGGCUGGCGGGCCUGGCGCCACCCUCGCUCUUCGCGCGCGCCAUGCAGGUGCUGGUCACCGCCAUCUCGCCCGGCCGCUUCCCCGAGGCCCUGGACGAGCUGCCGCUGCCGCCCUUCCUGCAGCCGUUGGACCUCACGGGCAAGGGCUAGACCGCGGGGGCACCCCGGGUGCUGGAUUUUUGGAGAAUACUAUUUUUCAGAGCGUUGUACCCGGCACUUUACAUAUAUUGUUCUCUGGACAGCAGAA